AACUUCCACUUGUGUGUGAGCUCAGUGUCUGUAGAGAGUGAGUGUGUGUGUGAGUGACAGGAGUGUGUGAGCUUUGGGACUAAUGCCGUGACCACUCUACUCACUCUGACAGAGCUUCAGUGGUCUUCCAGAAGGGGAUUGAUCAAAGCCCAGGGGUUUGACAUGCCACCCCAAAUGGAUUAUUCCUACCCAGAGGCGCGCGUUCCUCCGGUGUGCAUGGAGCAGGCGCACGAGCACGAGCACGCGCACGCGCCCGACUCGGACCCGGAGCCGGCGAUCAGCUGCAUGCUGGUGGGAGACGGAGCUGUGGGCAAAACCAGCAUGAUCAUCAGCUACACCAAUAACGGAUACCCCACUGACUACAAACAGACCGCCUUCGACGUCUUCGCAGGACAAGUCCAGGUUGACGGAGCUCCUGUCCGGAUCCAGUUGGUGGACACAGCUGGCCAGGAGGAGUUUGACGGCUUCCGGUCCCUGUCCUACGCCCACACGGACGUCUUCCUGCUUUGCUUCAGCGUCGUCAACCCGACGUCCUUCCAGAACAUCACGAAGAAAUGGAUCCCGGAGAUCCGCUCCUGCAACCCGACGUCCCCCAUCAUUUUGGUCGGGACUCAGUCGGACCUCCUGCUGGACGUCAACGUCCUGAUAGACUUGGACCGGUACAAGGUGAAGCCCGUGCUCAGUUCCCGGGCUCGGAGCCUGGCCGAGAAGAUCCGGGCCACGGAGUACGUGGAGUGCUCGGCUCUGACGCAGAAGAACCUGAAGGAGGCCUUCGACGCCGCCAUUUUCGCAGCCAUCAAACACAAGGCCAGGAAGGCCAAGAAGAUGAGACUGUCGGACAGGCGCGCUAAAGCUUUUUCCAAAUGCAGCUGGAAAAAAUUCUUUUGCUUCAUCUGAUCCUGUGGGUCAAACCGUGUACUGUGGUGGAAUUUAUUAUUUAUUGCCUGUUUUUCCGGGGGACAAAGCUCGGAGCGCUGGAUUGCAAAACUUUUCUGGAAUCAUUACGUCAUGGCGUCACGUCAUGUGAAACAGGAGAUAACGAGCACGCGCAAACAAAACCAACAAACAGAGCCGAGCGGGGAAAUGAUUAGUUUCCUAUAACAGCACUUGCUGUGGUUAGUGAUUUAUUCAGCUUGUACCUCAGCAAACACAAGAACAAAGCAGGGUCGGGGUUUGUUUGAUAAACAAGUGUGUGUCUUUUUCUAAGCUAAAAAAUUGUCAUUGUAGAAAAGAAACAAAACACCUAAAGAUGUUAAAAAGGCGUUAUACAGCACUGACACUGGAGACUCCUUACCUUCAUACGAAAGACGUCUCUUAUAACAAUUACAAUCGCGGAUUAGAGCAAAAGCCUUAACGUGGAUUGAACUGCAGACAAAAAAAAACAGAAGUAAAUCAAGACAAGCGCUGAGAUUUAAUAAACAUCAUGGUGAUGACCUCUAGUGUGUAAAUGACGAGUGUGUGAGCGCAUCCUGUGUGAGGGUUUGAGAGCUUGCGGCCCGGCGCGAGGAGCUGAAAGGGUUAAACCCCGACUCUCUUUGUCUUCAGCGUCACGUUGUCAGACGAGACUUUUCAUAUGCGAGAGAUGACCCGACGCCUCCCUUUGAACAAUUAAGAGGCGACUUCACGAGCGCGGGAUUGAGUUUGUUCAGCCAAGCAGCAUCUCCAGCGUCGCCAUUGUGUUGCAAAUGGACCUCGAACCCACGGGGGAGUUCUUGUCCAUCACGGAGAUGUUUAGAUCUUGAGGAUAGACUAGAGACUCACUCCAAAGUUACGCCCUGUUUACGGUUGAAAAAAACUUGCCUUCUUAUGGAUCUCCGGUUUGUUUUAACGGCUCGCACUCGUUAUCUCUGAGAUACAGCAUCGAUUCGUGGACUCCAGUGCCUGUGUACAUAUGAUAUGAUAUGAUACGAUACGAUGUGAUAAUGUAAAAUAAUGUUGUUGUUUUUGCUAAAACACUAAAUCUUAUGCUUCUUGUGGAAGACAAUUAUAUAAUGCUGUUUAUUUUAAACAGUCAGGGUUAAUGCCGUAAAGGCAAGAAGGACUUGUGAUUUUUCACUUAAACACACUGACACACACAAACACACACACACACACACACACACACAUUUGCAUGACAUUCUGGCACUCACUGAUUUCUUCAUCCAUUUAAUCACUUUUUUAAUUAUUAUUCCUGUAUGGAUGUCUGAACAGUGUUUGAUGAGAUGUUGUAAUAAAAUGAAGUGA